AUGGAUGUCGCAAGAGAGGUUUACGGGCCUCGUACAUUGUUUGAAAAGUCCGAUUUCUAUGUUUCCUUCACCAAUCCCGGCGGCAAAACUCUAGUAUCAAUGCGGAACAACAAGAACCACCGAGACUUGCGCCGAAAGUUUCAACACUCAUUUUCCAUGUCUCAGGUGGUGAAAAUGGAAUACCUUAUUGAUCAGUCGCUUGAAAUCCUGUUCAAGAAGCUGAACGAGCUUGCUGAUUAUGGAGAGGUUUCCGAUCUACUGCAUUGGCUGAAGCUCUGGAGCAUGGACAACAGCUCAUUGCUUAUCUUUGGAGAAAGUUUCGGUUGCGUGGAAAAUGACGCCGAUAUUAAUGGACUUCUCCAGCUUACGAGAGCCAGCACUUUCUAUGCCAGUGUGGUGGGAAUUAUUUCAGAGUGGCAUAGAGUUCUCUGGAACUAUGUUCCUUCAUACAUAAUGAGCGAGAAGGAGGUUCGUUCAUUUGCCGAGAAACAAAUCGCAGAAAAGGAGGCGGCCAAUGACUCAACCAGAGGAGCUUGCUUUUUGGAUACUUGGUUUCAACAGAAGGAAGCCGAGAAGAUGGACAAAACUGAAGUCCGCAUCGGAAUUGGAGGCGCUUUGGGGGGCACUGAGCUCACCCCUUCAUUCAUGUGCCAAGCAAUGUAUCAUGUGUACCAGGAGCCCGCCGUCCUUCAGCGAUUGCGAGAUGAAAUUGACCCACGAGUGAUCAAGUCAAAUGCUAGUUCCCAUAGCAUCCUACCCCAUGAAGCCAUACCAGAGAUGCCCUAUCUACAGGCCGUUCUCAAAGAGAUCAUGAGACUGUGGCCAGUGGCCGGUGUUACAUUCCCUCGCGUGGUUCCUGAAGGAGGGGCAACCCUGGCAGGCUAUCAAUUCCGUGCCGGACAAGUGAUUGGUAUCAAUUACUGGGUGGCAUCUCGCAACCCGGAAUACUUUGGUGCGGACGCAGGCAAGUUUCGACCUGAGCGGUGGCUUGACGAUCCAGAUGAGGCAAAAAGAGCCAACUACUAUAGUAUACCGUUCAGUUUGGGAAGUAGAGAGUGUAUAGGCAAGCAUCUUGCUACGCUGAUGGUUCUCAAGGCUUUGGCAUUGGUCUUCUAUUCAUAUGACAUUAACACCCUCCCUGAUAAUUUGGAGCUAUGGAAUGACCAUGUUGCCAAAGUGGAGGACUUCAGAGGUCUAGUGAAGCGACGACAGCUUUAA